AGCAACAAAACUCCGAUCCUACAGCUGCAGAGAGAAGGUGAAAUCACCAUGGGAACGGAAUCUUCACUAUCUUCCGUAGGAGACACGUCGGAGAAGGAUCCGGCGCCGGCGCUAAAUGAAGAGCAGUCUCGAAAAAGGGUUUUUGGAUCUGAUUUGAUGGUGAGGGAGGGUGGUUUUGUGGGAUUAGUCGGAAAUAAUGUGGGAGUAAGUGGCUUAAAUCAGAUUCACGAGCUAGCUUCAUCAGUCCUUGAGUUCUCGCGUAAGUGGGAAGAGAUCGACGAGCGGUAUACUUACAUGGACGAUUUGAUAAAGGAACGAGCCAUGGAAGCAGAGCUGAGGGAGAAAUCUGUAAUGGAACGGGGUUUAGAGCUGGAGAAGAAAGCAGAGCGGUUAAAGGAAGUUGAAGAGAGGGAGAGGAAGAUUGGUUUGCUUGAAAAGUCCAUGACUUUUCGAUUAGAGGAGAAAGAAAUAGUAAACGAUGUGAAACAGUAUCUGGUAUCCUCUGUCAUAAGUUUGGUUCUUGAGAAGGCGAAUGAAGAAGCAAUGGGCGAGCUUGAAGAGAGGGGAAAAGAGGUUGAGCGGUCUUCUAAAUCCAACGAUGAGAAGUCAUGUGAGUUAGAGAAGACAGUGAAGGAGUUCAAUCUGAAGCAAAAAGAAUCGAUUGAGGAAAGGAGCAAAGAAGCGGAGCUGGUGAAAGAAUCUCUUAAGCAGCUCGAAGCGAGGGAGAAGGAGCUUAGCUUACUUGAUGAAACCGUCAAAGAGAAAGCGACUGAACUGGAGAAGAAAGAGGAGAUCUUUGAAGCGGAACAGAAAGCAAAAUCUGAGGAGAUGGAACUGAAGAGCAAGUUCCUUGAGGUGAAGGAAAAAAAACUUGAAGAAAGGGAGAAAGAGGUUAUAUUGAAGAAGAGAGAGUUGGAAGAAGGGUUCGACGGGCUUAAAGAGAAGGGAAAAGAGACUGAGAGGCUUUCUAAGUUGAACGAUGAGAAGUCAUGUGAGUUAGAGAGAAAAAUGAAGGAGUUUGAUCUGAAGCAAAAAGUAUUGAUUGAGAGAAGGAACAAAGACGCUGAGCUGUUGAAAGAAUCUCUUAAGCAACUCGAAGAGGGGGAGAAGGAGCUUAGCUUACUUGAUGAAGCCAUCGAAGAAUUGAUUGAACUGGAAAAGAAAGAGGAGCUCUUUGAAGCGGAACAGAAAGUAAAAUCUGAGGAGAUAGAAUUGAAGAGCAAAUUCCUUGAGGUAAAGGAAAAAAAACUUGAAGAAAGGGAGAAAGAGAUCGAAUUGAAGAAGAGCGAGUUGGAAGAGAAAGUAAAAUCCGAGGAAAAGGAAAAGAAACCUGAAGAACGGAAUUUACAAGAAGGUUCGAUACAAGCCGAGACUUGUAAGAGAUCCAGGGUGCAAUUGCUGGCAGAAAAGGGAAGUGAAGCUAGUUCUAGUACUCAUCCUGCAAAAAAGCGCAGAUCACACAACCAUGAUGAUGCUGACAAGGAAAAAGAUUUGGCUUGUGCAGAUUCAGCUUCUACAUCUUCUUUUGAACAAACCAACAAAGCGCAUGAAGAAGAGACUGAUAAGAAUCCUGAGCAGAGGAAUAUUGUUGAUUCAGAGUUUCAUGAUUUCAAAAAGACAAUGAGCUCUUUCGUGGUUGAUACAAUAUGGGCUGUCAAUGAUCCCAAGGAUGGCAUGCCUCGGUUUUAUGCUAAGAUCAACAGAAUUUGUAAGUCUGGGUUUAGUCUUGACGUGACAUGGUUUGAAUCUAUAGAUGAGGAAUCAGUUCAUGUUGCUUGUGGGAGGUUCACAUAUGGGAGUACAGAAAGCAUAAGCCACUUGACGUUCUCUCAUGAGCUACAACACACCAUACAUGGUGGGGACUUGGUGACUGUGAAUCCGAAAAAAGGUGAAACUUGGGCUCUUUACACAGAUUGGAGCAAAAGCUGGGAUAGUAACCCGGAACAGCACAAGCCUCCUUAUAGGUAUGAUUUAGUGGAAAUCGUGAACAGCUUUGACGAUGAUCUAGGCGUUGGAGUGUCCUACCUAGGAAAGGUUAGAGGAUUUGUAUCUGUCUUUGAAAGCGUUGAGAAGGAUGGAGUCUUUCAAUUCUUGAUUGCACCAGGGGAAAUGCAUAGGUUCUCCCAUAGAGUGCCCUCUGUUAGACUCAGUGGAGAAGAGAAAGAGGGAGUUCCUGCUGAUUCUUUCGAGCUAGACCCUGCUGCUGUCCCCAGCUACAUACUCCUUGAGGAUUCUUGUUGAUCCAUAUGAAGGUUUGUGUUCUCGUGGCUCUGA